CAACAGUGGAAGAACAAUGCUGAAGUUUAUACGCGGAAAAGGCCAACAACCUUCCACGGAACGGCAGAAGCUGCAGAAGGAACUGUUUGCAUUUCGUCGGACUGCUCAACAUGGCUUCCCACAUAAACCAUCGGCACUGGCUUACGAUCCGAAAAGUAAGCUUAUGGCCAUCGGUACCAAUAGUGGCGUCAUCAAAGUGUUUGGCCGGCCUGGUGUGGAGUUCUACGGCCAGCAUACCUCGCCCAGCAACAAUCCUGCUGAUUUAAUCGUGCAGAUGCUCGAAUGGAUCCCGGGAACGGGUCGAUUGCUAUCGUUAACGGCGUCCAACCAGCUGGUUCUAUGGGAACCGGCGGGAACGUUAUUGGUAGCUAUCAAGAACUUAGCAUUCGAUGGCAAGCUGAAAAAAAUUUCGUCGCUCUGCUGUUCGUACAUGAAGGAUACCGUGUGGAUUGGCACCGAGGGCGGAAACGUGUAUCAAUUCGACGUGCGUAACUUCAGCGUGAAAGAAUCCGUCAUCUAUCACGAUGUGGUAUUGGAGCAACUACCUACGUCUUACCGCUUAAAUCCGGGUGCGAUUGAAUCGGUAAAGCAGCUGCCAAACAAUCACAAUUUGCUGCUGAUUGCUUACAACCGUGGUCUCGCUGUUCUGUGGGAUCUCGAGAGUGCUAGUGUAAAGCAAUCGUUUAUAUCUCCCGGUCACGGGCAGAGUGUGGGACUGUUCAUCGCACAGGAUGCAACGCAGUUCACGUGGUACCAUGCGGAUGGAUCGUUCGCUACCUGGGAUUUGGAUAGUCCGAUACCGCCGGAAAAUCAAAAGUACGUUCCAUACGGUCCGGAUCCUUGCAAGGCAAUCGAUCGCUUGAUCCGUGGACAUCGAGGACGUUGUGAGCUGGUCGUGUUUUCUGGUGGAAUGCCUCGAUCCGCUUACGGCGAACAUCAGUGUGUAUCAGUACACUGCAAGGAUGGUACAAAGGUGGCCUUUGAUUUUACAUCCAAAGUGAUCGACUUCUUUGUGACGUUCAACGAAGUCCGGCCAGAGCAAGCGGAGGUGUUGGUGGUAUUGCUGGAAGAAGAGCUGGUUGCGUACGACUUGACCGAUGAAACUUUGCCCCAGAUUAAUGCACCCUACCUUCAUUCUCUGCAUGCAUCUGCCGUCACCUGCAACCAUCUGGUGUCGCAAGUUUCACCGGACGUGUAUGCUAAGAUUAAGCUGGCAGGAGAACUGCAAAUGGCCGAAUAUAGUUGCAAAAUUUGGCCCAUUACCGGUGGCAUUCUGCCUAACGAACCGGUCGACGAUGACGAGCAGCCGAUGGAACGAGACGUACUGAUUACUGGACACGAAGAUGGAUCAGUGAAAUUUUGGGACUGUUCGGAAGUGUGUCUAACACCGCUGUUGCACGUUAAAACGGCACCACUCUUUAACAACAGCGACGAUUUCGACAGUAACCUGAACGCAUCGACCGAACAGCUGGACGAUGGUGAACCUCCCUUCCGAAAGGCUGGCCAAUUCGAUCCCUAUUCGGACGAUCCUCGGUUGGCCGUGAAGAAGGUGCAGCUGUGUCCGCAGACAGGCACGCUCGUCAUUGCUGGCACCGCUGGUAAUGUGGUAAUGGCCAACUUUGAAGCAUCGCCUCAUGAAGUGGCGGACGAAACACAGCCACACGGACCGUUGAAAGUGACGACGAUGAAUUUGGUAAGUGAUCGGGAUGGUUUCGUAUGGAAGGGUCACGACCAACUGAAGGUGAAGCGAACGCUUCUGGAAGAAAACACGCCCAUCAUCGAGGGAGUGAAUUUUGUAGGUGUACUACAAGUACUACCGCCGGCUGCCAUCACUUGCAUCGCUAUGCAGAGCAAAUGGUCGUUGGUUGCGGCUGGAACAGCCCACGGUCUCGUGCUGUUCGAUUAUAACAAUUUGUCUCCGGUGCUGCACAAGUGCACACUCAAUCCGAACGAUCUCACCGGUGCUGGCGAAACACUUUCCCGCCGGAAGUCUUUCAAAAAGACUUUGCGCGAAUCCUUCCGUCGGUUGCGCAAGGGCCGUUCGACAAGAAAUAAUCCUAAUGCAGCCGGUGCUGGUGGACAACAGUCAGCAGCUGAAACACGGCCGGUCGAGCGUCAAAUUGAAGCACGCCCGGUUGAUGAUGGUAUGGGAUCAAUGGUGCGCUGCCUAACUUUUGCGCAAACUUUCAUCACCAACCAGAAUGUGUACAUUCCUACACUUUGGGCUGGCACAAACUCUAGCUGUGUGUCGGUGUUUGUGUUGAACCUUCCGCCGAAACAACCUGCUGCAGCCGGGGAGAAUGGAGCUGAUGAGCCGGUACCGCAAGGACCUCCGGUAACGGGCAAACUGGCAAAGGAAAUUCAAAUGAAGCAUCGUGCACCAAUCAUAGGAAUUGCGGUAGUUGACAGCAACGGUGUUCCCUUAGAAUUCCAGAACGUACCAGGACCGGCUCCACAUCGCGUGCUAAUUGCAUCGGAAGAACAGUUCAAAAUCUUCUCCUUGCCGCAACUGAAACCAGUUAACAAGUACAAGCUAACGGCCCACGAAGGAGCACGUGUGCGGCGUAUUGCGUUCGCCACCUUCAUGUGUACCGUACCGACCUCUUCCGUGGUGCACUCGAGUCCUCCGAAGACGACCGGCACACCGAAACCAGCCACUUCACCGCAAGCAGCCGAACAACCAUCCUCACCCGACAACAACACAUCCACGACAGCAAUCAACGAGAACAACACAUCUAACGUUGGUUCGGAUGUGACAACACAUUACGAAAUUAGUUUGCUGUGUCUGACCAACCUGGGCGAUUGUCUAGUGUUGACUGUUCCGGAGCUACGACGUCAGCUUAAUUCCGCUGCAGUGCGCCGGGAAGAUAUCAAUGGCAUUUCAUCACUAUGCUUCACAAGCCACGGUGAGGCAUUGUACAUGAUGUCGUCCUCCGAGGUGCAGCGUAUUAGUCUAUCGGCAACGAAAAUUGUCGCCCCUAAUGGUAUGAUUGAUGUGGAAGAUUGGACAACACCGAUCGAAAUCGGGGAUGCGAACGAGGAAAAUAACGGACAGGAACCUGGCACGGAUGCGGAAAAUCUUCAAGGCGAAGUUUCAUCCGAGCGGGAAGUGGAAAACAGUGCGACCAGUUCCGUUGGUGCGGCAAAAAGUGAACAAUCGGUUGCAGACGACAAGGUGACCGGUAGUGCAACGGCACUAACAAAUGGCACUUCCAACACAAGACUUAGCAAUGGUGUUGCUAGCGGCGAUGAAGCAUCACCGAACAAAGCGAACGAAACGAUCACCAGCUCCAUCGGUGACAUAACGAUCGAUUCCGUGCGUGAUCAUUUGAAUGCAACCACGACAACACUUUGCUCCACCACGACCGAGGAGAUUGUCGGUCGACUAUCCGUAUUGAGCACACACACGAGCCAAUCUUCGUCCACGGCCAAGAACAGUGAAAUAUUGAGCUUGAAUUCAUCCAACAUAACCAGCUUGAAAGGAAUCGGCGAUACAAAAGAGAAAACGUCCAACUCGGCUAUCAUAAAAUCAAUAAUCACAACGGUAAAGCAUGGUUCGAACGUAACAAAUGGUGAAGCAAAAGAAACAAACAACCGAACAUCGUCGACCACAACGACCACGACAACCAGCACGUCCGUUAACGGAAACGAAUCAGUCCCACCACCGCUACCGACUACGGCACCACCACUUAUCACCGUGCUCAGGAAAGAGAGUCAAUUCUAAAAGUGCCUCUCUCUCAGCUUCUUUCCUUAAAAGUUUGUUAAAGACGCGAAAAGAACACAGUAUUUUGCGUGUACUGAUAUGCGCUAGUAUUC